AUGUCACCUUAGCCAUAAUACUAAUUCAAUGAUUAGAGAGAUUAACUGAUACUUAAAUCAAUGGAUCAUCAACAUUUGGCUAAUCAUUCAAAAACCUUUUCAUAAAACUACUAGACUAAUCAAAUCUAGUAGCAAUCAUAACCCUUAUUGAUCCAAUCUUAGUCGCAUGGAUUGCCAGCAUAGACCUAUACAACUAAUAACAGCAACCAAAAUGUUAGCAGUAAUAAUAACUAGAAAAGUAAUAAUAGAAACAAUAAUCAUUAGGGACACGAUACAAAUAGCGAUGCAAAAGCUGUUAUUCAAAUAAAUUACAGAGAUAGAGAAGCAUUUUCAGUUGAGCGACGAGCAGCUAAUGGAAAUUACAUAGCUUUUGCUUGUGGUCCUCUGAGAAGGCCUCGAUAUAUAAAUGAAAGAAUCGAGUAAGAACUUUUAGAAUUUAAAGAAGAAAUUGAAGAAAGAUUCGCAAAGUCGAAGGUUAAUUAAGAUUUUACCUUCCCUUUCUAAAGCACCGGACCUCAAUUAAAAAAAGACGACUCAAAGAGGAAGAUUUAAAUGGAUAAGUUCCUUGAACUAUAAAAGAGACAUCAAUGUAACAAUAAUAUUCAAUUUAAUUCUUAAAUUAAUAUAGAAAAACUUGAUGAAUUAAACAAGAUUCAAAGUGAGAUCGCGAAAUCGCAAGAGAGAUUUCCAUCUAAAUUAUAGGAAAAAUUUGGUAAAAGCAAAACUGUGAAAUCCCCUGAGUCUCAAUUGAAAACAAACAUUAUUAGUCCCAAUAAUGGCAACGAGAUAAAAUCGCAAAUCACUACUAAAAUGCAAACUGAAAUUAGUCCCGACAAAUUAAAUAAUAUGAAUCCACCUGAAGUAGUUACUGAUUUUAUGAAGGUAUAGCGUCAAACUAAACUUUCAAUCAAUUAAAGGCAGAGUGAUAUCUAUAAAAACUCUAAUAUCAAUCAUUAGAAUAAUCUGAUAUAUAAUACUUCAAAUUUCGAUGAGCAGAUUUAGCUCAGUCUAGAUUCCGAUACUUAACGACCAAUAGCAACAGACACUCAAGGUUCAGCUAUCAUGAUUAACUCAAGAAAUAAUGUAAAGCUAGACUCAAACAGACAAGUUAAGCAUUAAACUUAUGACUAAAGAAGUAAGAACAAUCUUAACAACUUCACUCAAAAGGAAAUAGCACCUUAAACAUCUAAGAAUAUAUAGAAUGCAAAUACAAUGAUUCAGAAGACUUUUCAAAAUUAGGUCAAGAUACUUGGCUAAACUCCUAAUUAAAAAAGAUAAAAAUCAACUAGAUACACUACGAAUUAAUCCUAAAACGACCAAUAAAAGCAAUUAGUGAUAAAUUUCUAUCCAAACACACUAGCCAAAAGGAAUCAAGCUCAGAAUUCCAAACAAAGAGAGAGCGAUUUAUUCAAAAGCUCGAUAAUAGGGAAUAAUCAGAUUAAUGUUCAGUCUAGUAUAACUAGUUAGAAAUAGCCAAUUAAUUUUGGUUCAUUUCUGAGUACUACUAAUAAGGAUACCACUUAAAUUCAAUUUUAAAAGCAAGGAAGCUAAAAACGAAAGUCGUCAAGAACUUAGCCAUUAACAUAAAGUGAAUAUGAUUCAACAAAAUCUUAUGAUAGAAAUUCAGGAGUUUAUAAAUCAUUAGCGAUCAACCUCGAUGAGGCCUAAACUCUACUAAAUUCAGCAAUUACUUUACAAUAAUAGUCCAGAAAUCAAUCAGAGCUGAUUAAGCCUAAUAAUAGUGGCAGUUCAGCAAGUCAAUAUAAUAAUAAGAAAUUCGCAAACGCUUAAUCUACUUUAAGUAAUAAGCUAAAAGGUUCUCAUUAGAGAACAAAAACUACUACAAAUCUAACCAAUUUCAUGCAGCAAAAUACAGUUUCUCCUACAAUCAUGAAUAGUGUGAAUAAUACAACAACUACAAAUCAAAGCAUAAUCAAAACAUUCGACUAUAGAAUGUUUAGCCCAAACGCCAAUUCAGGGAAUUAUCAAGCCUAGAUAAUUUCUCCAUAGUCUUUCAUUAGCAAUAUAAAGAACUAGAGCAUAAUUUAAUCAAUAAAUUAAUCCUCAGCAAAAGAAAACUAUCAAGUCAAAGGAUAAAUUCAAUCAAAUGCAUAGGAAUUGAAGAACUAUAUGCGUAUGCAAAAGCAAUCUUCAUAAAAUUCAAACUAAGGCAUAUAUCCUCAUAUCAACUCUUCUCCUUCUAAGUAUGCCUCACAAAAUUCAACUGUUCAACAAUACUAAACAUUCAAGAUAGCAGAGGAUGUAAAUCAUUAAAGAGAGCAUAGUCAGAAUUAGCAAGUGAGCAAAAGACUAUCUGGUGUGUAUUAGAAUAAUUAGAGCCGGAACUCUAAUACCCUUUUGAUUGUAUAGAAUGCAAAUACCUAGUAAAAUAAGAAUGGAAACUAUUAGAGUUUCAUAGUCAACAGUGGUGUAGGCAUAAAUAACAAUCAUCAAGCAGGAGCUACUACUAUGGUUAUUAAUUUGAAGAAGAAAAAUAUUAAUCAGCCUCAUCAAAGGUUGUUCUCACCUCCUUAAAAUAAGGUGAGGCUUAAUACUCAUUAAUGA